AUGAACUUUAUAGUUGACCUACCUUCAUCUGCAGGUUUUGAUUCUAUCCUAGUGGUGGUGGACAGAUUAACAAAAAUGGCCCACUUCAUCACUUGCAACAAAAGUAUCAAUGCGAAACAAACAGCUCUACUUGUUUUACAGGAAAUAGUCCGUUUAAAUGGUAUUCCAGAAGAGAUAGUGUCUGACAAAGGACCUCAAUUUACUUCUUAUUUCUGGAAACACCUUUUUAAGCUUUUGGGAAAAAAAAUCAAGCUGUCAUCUGCCUACCACUCUCAAUUCAAUGGACAGAGUAAGUGGGUUAACCAAGUACUAGAGCAGUAUCUAAAGUGUACUGUAAACUACCAUCAGGGUAAUUGGGCGGACCUCUUGCCUUUGGCAGAGUUUUCUUACAAUAAUUCAACUCAUUCAUCUACUGACACAACUCUGUUUUUUGCCAAUUACGGCUUUUACCCUCAAUUCAAUAUACAAUCACCCAAACACUCUGUAGUGACAUCUGCAGAAAAUCAUGCAAUCCACCUACAACAAAUAAGAGUGGAACUUACAAAGGAAUUAGAGGCAGCACGAGAGCGUUAUAAACAAAAUGCAGACAGAUUAUGA